AUGUCAUCCGCCCGCGAAUGUGUGUGGAUCUGUGUGGAUGUCACAGCGAGGCGAUGCGAGAAAGGUGUCGCGCUCGCGAUCAGGGUCGGGUUGGCUUCUCCCAAGAUCACUCUUUAUUUGGCUCAUUCGGUCAACUACAUAGAUAACAUCGGUUAUAUGGUAUCAUGCGAAUUUAACAAUCCACAGAUCUUAUGCGUCGCCGAAAAGCCCUCCAUAGCGCGUUCAGUGACGGAGAUUCUCUCAGGAAAUCAAUUCACAACGCGUCAAUCACCCAACCGAUACACGAAGAAUUUUGAUUUUCAUUAUCGAUUACCACCCUCACCACAACUCGCCGAUUUCACAGUGACCUCAGUGCUAGGACAUCUAACGUGUACCGACUUCGAUGCAGAUUACAAAGGAUGGCACAACUGUGAUCCGUUCUCGCUCUUCGAUGCACCCAUCCAUCGGUUCGUCAAUCCCGACCAUACAGGAAUCGAACGGAACCUCAAGGCCGAGGCCCGUCGGGCCGACAAGUUGAUGAUCUGGACCGAUUGCGAUAGAGAGGGGGAACAUAUCGGGUCAGAAAUCGUCUCAGUCUGUCGCGCUGUCAAACCAGGUAUCAUAGUUCUUCGGGCUAGAUUCAGUGCCAUCAUCCCUGCUCAAAUCCACAACGCGUGUCAGAAUGCAGGCCAAUUGGAUAUGAAUCAAGUCUACGCGGUCCAAGCAAGAAUGGAACUGGAUCUCCGAAUUGGAGCAGCUCUGACAAGAUGCCAAACAAUGGGUCUUCAGACUCGAUUUCAUCAACUAGCAGACAGUCUCAUCAGUUACGGACCUUGUCAAUUCCCAACAUUAGGAUUUGUCGUAGACCAGUAUGACAAAGUCAAAGCAUUUGUCGCUGAGGCAUUUUGGUACAUCCAUGUAGUCUUAGAAAGAGAUGAUUCCAAGGUCGAGUUUAAUUGGAAGCGUCAUCGUCUCUUCGAUUAUCACGCUGCUUUUGUGCUACAUGAGAUGUGUAUUGAUGAACCUGAGGCAACGGUGAAGGAUGUCAACAUCAAGCCAACUGUUAAAUGGAAGCCUUUGCCCCUUACCACAGUCGAACUGCAAAAAUCUGGGUCCAGAUUACUCCAUCUGACGCCAAAAACAGUUUUAGAUAUCGCGGAAAAACUUUACCAGAAAGGUUUAGUGAGUUAUCCACGAACCGAAACCGAUCAGUUUGAUCGUGACUUUGAUUUCAUGGGGUUGAUCGAGAAGCAAAUGAACGACUCUCAAUGGGGCGAUUUUGCAACAAGGGAUUUAAAAAAAGGGGGGGGAUUCCACACACCACAGAAUGGGGAAAAAAAGGACAUAACCCCAUCCACGAACCACCCAACAGCCCAUGCAAACAACUUGACUGCUGAUGAAAAGCGGGUCUACGACUUCAUCACCCGGCGAUACUUGGCCUGCUGCUCGAAGAAUGCCACUGGCAAGACGACCACCGUUGUCAUCGACAUUGCCGCUGAAGAAUUCACAGCCACAGGGCUCGUGAUCAUCGAGCGGAACUAUCUCGAGGUCUAUGUGUAUGAUAAAUGGAAUGGGACGCUGCUUCCCGACUUCCAGAUAGGCGAGAAAUUCAUGCCCACUUCGUGCGAGUUGAAAGAAGGCUCGACGAGCCGUCCCAACCUCUUAACUGAAGCCGACUUAGUCGGCCUGAUGGAUCGAAAUGGAAUAGGGACGGAUGCCACGAUUGCCGAACAUAUCGCAAAGAUCAUCGACAGGAACUAUGUGUUUAAGAUCCGGGAAGGGUCGACGCAAUACUUGGUUCCAUCCACAUUAGGCAUCGGACUAGUAGAAGGAUACAAUGCGAUUGGCUUAGACAAGUCGUUGAGCAAACCCCAGCUAAGACGCGAGACUGAAGAUCGAAUGUCACUGAUAUGUGAGGGCUCGAGAAGCAAAGGUGAUGUGCUCACUCAAACCAUCGACGAGUACCGCGAAGUCUUCAUCCGUACCAGAAGAGCAUUUGGUACGAUUGUGGAGCAGGUUGCGCGGUAUAUCAACUCGGCCGGUGGCCAAGAUACCAACAGCGGAGACGAGGGCGAGGGCGAUGGUUCAGAGGGUGGCGGUGAUGGGAGAGGUGGUGGCGGUGGCGGUGGUGGGAGAGGUGGAGGCGGUGGUGGUGGUGGGAGAGGUGGAGGCGGUGGCGGAGGUGGUGGUGGUGGCGGAGGAGGAGGGAAUAGCAGGGGUGGACAGGGCCGAGGAACUCGAGGCACGAGACGCGGAAGAGGGACGCGGCAAACCAAUCCCGGGGCGGGUCCAUCGAGAGGAAAUGGCCGGCCACCCACGAGCGACGACGAUAGCGAUGAUGGGGAUGAUGGUCCUAGUGGCGGUGCAACGCGAGACGGUAGAGGCACGCGUGGAGCCACCCGAGCCGGCCGAGCCACCAGAGGCACGCGCGGGUCAAAAUCUACAUCUGCAGCCGCUUCGUCCCGAAACACCACUACUUCUGCCUCCGCCACCAGGGCCGGUCGGAGUGAUAGCACCGCUCCUCUGUGUAAGUGCGGUGCUCAGACGGUCGAGCGUCCGGUCGUGAAAGAUGGUCCGAACAAGGGUCGACUCUUCUAUGGAUGUCCGAAGCCGCAAAGCGAAGGCAGUUGUGGAUUUCAAGGAUGGGCAGACGAAGGAGGUGGUGGGAAUGGUGGGACCAGCGGAAACACAUCCCGGGCCAGUGCCCAAAAGCGCCCAGCCGGGGAGGCUUCACUUGGCUUCCCCUCUUCACGCCGUCCAAAGACCAAGGAGUCUCAGGGUCCACUUCGGUGUACUUGCGACCUCGAAGCUGUUCGUAGAGUGGCUGGAAAGGACGGGCCCAACAAAGGCCGCGCCUUCUGGGUCUGCAGCAAGGUGUCUAAAGUGGCCCAAUGUAAAUUCUUCAAGUGGGAGGAUGAGUUAGAAGGGGGCGGCCCAGCUGCCGGAUCAUCGACAACUACCUCGACAUCUGCCGACAAGACCGGUUGCUUUAAAUGCGGACAACAAGGACAUUGGAGUAGCGAAUGUCCUAAUCCAUCUCAGGGAAAUAACAACAAGUCAAUCCAGCCUUCAGGGUCGAAUUACACCUGCUUCUCGUGCAACGAACAAGGCCAUCUUUCGACGACCUGUCCCAAUAAAGAUGGCCCAGUGGGCGGCAAGGGCAAAGCGGGUGGGAGCACGACGGGCCAGAAGUGUUUCCAUUGUAACCAAGUUGGCCAUUGGGCAAAUGCGUGUCCCUCGAAGAACGAUGGCUCUGCUGCUUCUUCUUCAAGGGCUAGAGGAGCAAGGCGAGGCUCGGCCACUAGACGGCCUAGGAAAAGAGCCUCUGCAACCUCCUCCAGAGCUUCUUCAAGACGCAAAAUAAACACCCCAAUGGACACUUCUGAUGAUUAUUAAUCCGCUUCCUUCUUUCCUUAUUUUGUUUUUUUUUUCGGUGUCUCUAUAAUUUAUAUGUACCUCUUUUUCUCUCCCCCCCCCCCCCCCUCGCUCUCUUUGCCCUUUGUCUCGUUCAGCUUCACCCCAAUUGCUGUACCAUAAUCGAAAGAGAAGUAGUCUUCGAUACCAU